AUGUGGAAAAUAUGGAAUUCACGUAUACGAUUAGUAUGCAUCUCAGCUUUUCUUCUUGUUUUAAACAUUUCUUUGCAUAAGUUUGAGAAUAAUUUAAAAACAUCUGCGAAUGGAAACCGGAAAACAAAUAUUAACUAUCAUAAUGAUGAAAAAUGGUUCAAUAGUGCUGUUGAUUAUGCGUUAGAAGCAAUGCUGUAUAUGCAUAAUUAUGAAACUGGCAAAGCUGAGAUUCGACCGUUAAUCGAGCAAGAAAAAAAAGUGCGUGAAUAUUGGUGGAAGUGUUAUCUAGAAAUGCCAGCAUAUUUUGAAGCAGGGGACUGGCUGAAAAACGAUGAUUUAUUUGUGUACUCAUCUACAUAUGAUCGUAGAAAUAAUUCACUGUACCCUAAUAAUCAUAUCGUGCAGGUUUUGGCAAUGUCAUUCAGGUCUUUUCAAUCUGAACAUGGGAUAUUUUGUAAUUUGUAUGAUAUAAAUCGCAAUCGGUACACAGUUGUAGAAGGAACAGUCCGUGAAAUUUGGCAACGAGCUUGGGAUCCACGUGACUUUUUUUACAUUCCAAACUUAAUCAGUUGUCCAGUACCAGAAGAUUUCAAACAUAGCACAAAUUUGUUGGUUUCGCUAAGUAAAACACCAUGUAAAAGUCAAAAAAUAGCAUCAUACGUGCGAAUGCCAUUACUGAAACAAAAAAAGAAUGCAGUUGCUGUCUGCGUAAAAGGCUUAGAUUAUUUGGAGGAUAUUCCAGAACGUUUAAUUGAAUGGAUUGAAAUGCAGUUCUUAGUUGGCGCUGACAGUAUUACUUUGUACACAUAUUACGUACCAAAUAAAAUGCAGCAGGUCCUCAAUUACUAUAGCAAAUUUGGAUCUGUUGAAGUGAUACCGAUCAGUCUUCCUGGUGAUUCUCCUAAUCAAGUAUUUAUUCGAAGUCGCUUUAUUUGGCGAAACAGGCAACAAAAACGUCGCCACGAGUUGAUUGCAUACAAUGAUUGCUUCUAUAGAUACAUUGACACUCACAAGUUUGUGUUGAUUAUUGAUAUCGAUGAAGUAGUCAUACCACUGAAGCAUAAUAAUUGGACUGGUAUGCUGAAUUAUCUUACUGCAAGUUUUAAGAAGAGCACAGGAACUAUUGAUGAAAUUACUUCAAUUUCUACCCGUAAUGUAUUCAAGUUCCCAUCGAAUAUUGACUUAUCUUCUACACACAUCCCGCCUUAUUUGUAUAUGCUACGAAAUAGACGCAGAUCAGAAACUGUUAGUAAACCAGACGAAUAUGGAAAAGCCUUUAUUAACACAGAUACGGUUGUUACCGUGUUCAAUCACUUUGCACUACACAGAAGUCAUGGUAACGUUGCAAUGACAUAUUAUGCAGAUCCAAACAUUGUUUUAAAAUUACAUUAUAAAAGCAUGUGCCCAAUUGAAUCUAAAAGCGACUGUGAGAAGUUAACAAAGGUAACAAUUGAUGACACAACAAUGGAUCGGUUUGCAGAUCAGUUGAUUGAACGGGUUACAGAUGUGCUCAGUAAUUUGCAUAUUAUUUCAUAA